GUGACUAGCUGUGGAAACAAAUCAUGCGAACGGACAAAUCUGUUGUCGCAAAAGAAGCGGAAACAGUCAACCAAGUCACUGUGACUGGUCACAUUGGUGGAAAACUCGUGACGGGAACACACUCGUGAGCGCUCAAUGACAUGUGGAUCCUAAACCACUUCGUAGAGGAAAAAGGGUCGAUUGACCCCGGUGUUCGAUGCUUCUUUCUGGAGGUGUAUGUUUUCUAUGUUGUCCCAAAGGUAGACUAACUCUAGCGACUCUAGUGAUUGAACAAAGAGUCUGGCACCUGUGUUAGACUCUCCCCAUCAGCAAAAUAGAUGCUCAGAUUGCCGAAGGAACCAGCGGUGGUGAGACUUCACAAAUGGUCGAAACGGGAUGAGCGUAGGAUUCAGCAAACAGGAUUCACAGGUGUGAAGGAUUCAGGAAAAGCCAGGAAGGCGCCUCGCUCGGUGCAUUUCCGUUCAGUUGCAGAGACACUGUGGCUCGCGAAAAAGAUCCAGCGAGAGAGUGCUUCAAGACAGGAUGCGGUUUGGUGGCCAGUUUGGUGUCGAGAGAGUGAAAUGGGUGCCUCCCUCACCAUGAAACUCUUGCAAUACCUCAUGAUCCUCCACUUGGUUUGACUGACUCCACAUGGUGUUCCAGUGAUGACCAACGAUCGCAUCGUCCACGGAUCGAUGCGAUACUGGACUGUUCUGGACUGUUCUGCCCAGGAGUUUCAAUGGUUUAAAAAUAAUUUGUUCAGAGGAGACCCCAAAGCACCGCG